AGAACAAGGGUGGUAGCUGGGCCUAGGGAACCUGGCUCUGCCCAGGUGUCCCUGCCCAGAUACCUGUGCCCCUCCCCAUGGCGAGGGAGACCUUCCCCUUCACCUCCUCCACGCUGCGCUCUCUCCGCCUACAGCAAGAGUGGCUGGAGUGGGAGGACAGGCGGCGGGCUGUCGCCCACCAGUGCCGGAGCCGCAGGUGCCCCCCCAGCCCCCGAGCCCGACUCACUAGGCCUCGCCGUUCCUGCCGUGACCCAGCUGUCCACAAUGCCCUGUUCUCCGGUGACCUACAGCAGGUCCAAGCCCUGUUCCAAGAUGAAGAGGCUGCCAACAUGAUUGUGGAGACCAUGAGCAACCAGCUGGCCUGGUCAGCCGAACAGGGGUUCUGGGUGAUGACCCCCAAGACCAAGCAGACGUCACCUCUCACCAUUGCUGCAGCCCGAGGCUACACCGACUGCGCCCGCCACCUGAUCCGGCAGGGGGCUGAGCUGGAUGCCCGCACUGGGGGCUGGGCUGCCCUGCACGAGGCCUGCGCCCGGUCCCAGUCUGACUGUGUGCAGCUGCUGCUGACCUUUGGCGCCAAGGCCAAUGUGCUGUCCGAGGAGGGCACUGCCCCCCUGCACCUCUGUACAGCCCCCAAUUCUUUGCAGUGUGCCAAACUGCUGCUGGAGGCGGGAGCAACAGUGAACCUGGCAGCGCAAGAGAGCGAGGUUACACCCCUGCACGUGGCAGCUGCGCGCGGCCUAGAGGAGCACGUGACCCUCUACCUGAAUCAUGGUGCUGACGUGGGCCUGCGCACUAGCCAAGGCGAAACCGCCCUAAAUGCGGCAUGUGCGGCAGCCGAGGACCCAGGCUGCGACCGGCAGCAAGCAGCCGUGGCGCUUCGGCUGCUGGAGGCCGGUGCUGAUGCUCGGGUGUCUGGCCGCAAGCGCCACACGCCACUGCACAACGCCUGUGCUAAUGGUUGCGGGGGCCUGGCCGAGCUGCUGCUGCGCCAUGGGGCCCACGUUGAGGUCCCCAAUGGAGCGGGCCACACACCCAUGGACUGCGCUCUACAGGCCGUCCAGGACGCCCCCAACUGGGAGCCUGAGGUCCUCUUUGCAGUGCUCUUGGACUACGGAGCCCAGACUGUGAGCCCUGAGAUGCUGAAACUGUGUGCCUCCUUCCCUCGGGCCCUGGAAGUCCUGCUUAAUGCCUACCCUUGUGUUCCAUCCUGUGAUACCUGGGUUGAGGCAGUGCUUCCAGAACUGUGGCAGGAGCACGAAGCCUUCUACUGCUCGGCCCUGUGCAUGGUGAACCAGCCAAGGCGGCUGCAGCACCUGGCCCGGCUGGCUGUGCGUGCUCAGUUGGGUGGCCGUUGCCGCCAGGCUGCCACCCAGCUCCCACUGCCCCCACGCCUCAGGGACUACCUGCUGCUGCGUGUGGAGGGAUGCAUCCAGUGAGCCUCACGGCCAGGUUGU